UCUACGCUGGUGCGGAAUGUGAAAACAAUCACUAUUGAAAAAGUGGAAACUAUCAAAGCUAUUGACCCACUCCAGGAGUACAUCCGAGCCCACAGCACUUGUGGAACAGCAGACUGCUUUGUCAUUAAUCACAUUUAUUCAUUCAGUGAUAGAGGGGAGGUGAUUUACUUGAAUACAAAAUGGCAACAUCAACCCAUCAAUGACAUUCGUGUCAAGGCACCAAUAGAUUAUCUGCAAACAUGUCUGAAUAGCCACGGUGAACUUUGUUACGAUCCCGGGCUGCUCUACAUGUGGGAUGAUAGCAGUGUUGAAGAAGAGCGGGGUGAUUUCCCGGGAUUGAUGGACACAUCAUACGGCUUCCACUGCCCGAACGCCAGUGUUGCAGUUACAGAAGAGCAAGGGCCAAGUCUGCCAUAUGUAGGCAACAGCAAUGACAAGGAUGAUCAGUGUGGUCAUGUUUUUGAAGAUCCCUGUCCAGAGCGGCCCGAGGACUUGAUCAAGGAUGGCAUAUCAGACCUUGUCAAGUACAUUGCUCCAGUACGUCAAGACUACUCUUAUUUCACAAACAAAUUUUCCUGUGUACCACAUGGACCAGAACAGUGGCGUCUACGGAAAGCAAAAGUGAAGACUACAGGACCAGUAAGAGGGCGAAAGAAGGCUGAAAAGGUUGCGCCCCAUCUAGACUUUUCGAACGUGCGCCCUGACUACACUAACUUCGUGCGCCUGAAGAGGCAGCCUGUUCUGGACAAGGCUACACUUAAUUCGUGGUCCAAGUCCAAGCAUACGUUGGCAUUGAGUGAGAUGGGGGAGGAUGUUAAUCUAUCUACCCUGCUUUUACUUGAUGACCGCGAGAUUCCAGAGCUUGAAAUACCCCCCAUUAAAGCUGUUGCGAAGGAUUGUGGUCGUGCCAGUUCUGUUGGCGGCCUUCCUCCUGACAUCCAUGAGGAUUCCAACAUGCUUGUGGACAAUGUUGGUGAUGCUGGUCCAUCUGUUCCUGUGGAACCUUUGCCACCACUACCACCACCGCCAGCACCAGCACCAGCCCCAGCACCUCAAUUCAAACCUGCAGUUCCCUAUCAGCCAAAGUUUGUACCGGGAAAGAUACCAAAGUUCCAGUUUUCAUUCAAAAGGUUUGACAUGAAAGAUAUGAAACAAGCGAUGUGGCGGACCAUGACUGGCCAUAAGGACAACAAGGAGAAUGACCCAAGUUCUGCAAAUGUGCCCGACAAGGGAGCCAUUACUAAGUACACCUUUCGAAAAUUGUAUGACAAUGUUGGACCCCAACUGAAUCGCAUCAACCGGGCUAGCAUUAAUGUUCCUGUGGCUUUUGUAGCACUGCUACACUUGGCAGCCGAAAAGGAGUUCUUUGUGGAAUCAGUCAAGGGCUUGAAAGACUUGAAAAUCAAGUUGAAAAUAUAAAAGCUGCAUACUACCUUUUAUUGGACAAUCUGAUGCUGAGAACGUCCCCUGCUUAUGCGAGGACCCCAUGAAUGGCGGUUACUUUAUUGACGACCCUGCGUGCCAAAUAUACAGGUUGCUGCAGGGACUGGUAUUUUAACAAAUAUUGUUUAAUCACAUAACCUUGUAUGUUUAACAUUUUCAUAUGCUAUGGAACAAGCAUUUCAUACUUUUGUUUUGUUUUAAUAAAGAAAAUUGCUUUAAUGUUA